AUGCCACUUUUUGGCUGGAUGAAAUGGCCAAAAUACAAUUCCUACAAAUCCACACGCUACCCUGACUCAGAAGUAGUGACAAAGACUCUGCUUCGGGAAUUAAAAUGGCAUCUAAAGGAACGAGAGAGAUUAAUACAAGAGAUCGAAAAUGAGCAAAAAGUGAAAAAAACAGGUGUGGAUUACAAUUGGCUGAGAGACGAUCAGGAUCCCCAGGCAACCAUCCCAGCUACUGAACAAAGACAACUUGAAGUUCUUUGCUCACAGGUUCAAGCUUGUCAAACUGGAGCUGUUCUCAGCAGAUUUCGAGAAGUUCUGGCAGAAAAUGAUGUACUGCCAUGGGAAAUUGUCUACAUCUUCAAGCAAGUUCUGAAGGACUUCUUAAGUAGUACUGACAAAGGCAGUCAGCAAGAGGGCCUGGAAGAGUCACAGAGAGCAGCCUGUCCUGUUCGCUCCGUGAUCCCAGGAGAAAGCUCCAACAGUCCAGACAAGGAUGAAAUACCCACUAUUUCAAGUUAUGUAGACAAAAACACAAAGAACAGGUUCCCAACAUUCUCACAUAGGAUAUGGAACCUACCAUAUUAUUACCCAUCAAGUUAA